AGGCAUACAAACUUACAGGUACAGGCCCGCGCGGCGCUUGUGCCGCUAAAGCGGGGGGUCGGCGAGCUACUCGUCGUAGAUCUCAUCGACGGCGCCGUCGAUGAGCAUGGCCGCUGCCAUCAGCGGCGACGACGCGAAGGUCUUCCACUGGUCGGAAGAUCCCCGCGCGAUAACAUGCAUGACGCUCGACGGCGUCGCGUCGGACGAGCGCCGCCGUGCGUACUUGCGCCGCCGUGCGUCCGUACCGUGAUGCGGAACGUCCAUAGAAGGCGUCGCCCUCGGCGCCUCGCGCGCUGUGCUCCAAUCGAUGAUCGACGGCAUCGCUGGAGGAGGAUGUGCCUCCUUGCAUCCCAAAAUCGCGUCCAGUCUCGGCAAUUGUUGCAGCGUCGGAGUUACGACAGCUGCGGGCCGCGUUGCGGGUGGCGUAUUCAUCUUUUUGCGCCGUCGCUCGGCUCGAGAAGCACGGCACGCGACCAGCGCCGA